GCUUAGCGCAGUUCGACCAGCUUGUCAGAGCGCAACGCAAGCUAGGUUUUCAAAAAAACCUGGCUUGCCUUCAGAACAAGCGCUUCAAAGACGGACAUAACUCGAGGCUUACAGGCGUAUAUAUAACCAAGAAUUCAGUUGUCUUGUCGGUGGCAAUAUGACGUGGAGGAUUCAUUUCCUAGCGUUCCUUGGAUGCGCUUUUUUCGUCAAGACAGUGGUUCCGAAAGCUAUAAGUCAGACUGGAGAGUCGGCCCCUUACAUUGCGACUGGUGAUCAACGUUUGCAAGAAACGCAGUGUUUCGAACCGAUUUCGCUCCAGGUUGGAGACCAUGCGACAUUCUAUUGCCUUGUGAAUGUCACGUUAGUUUGUGAUACAGUUGGUCUCGCGAAUCAAACGCCUGAGACACUUUGGUUGUUGAAUGGCGAGAGAAUUGGAAAAGGUUUUGAACGACUUCUCAUACAAAACGUGUCUCUUCACGCUGGAGUGUACACGUGUGUUGUUAGCAGUGAAAACUGGACGAGUAAUGCAAGCUCCGUCAUCGAAUACAUAAAUCCACAGCAGCCAAGAAUAAUUUCAGAAUUCAAAUCUGAAAGAUUCACUGAUAAUUACAAGAUUAUACCAAUCAUGGUUGGUAGCAAUGUCACGGCCUUUGGAAAAUCCCUUCUCAUGUUAUCCUGUAACGUCAGCGGAAACCCUAGACCGAGUAUUGAGUGGAGUAGAGAAAACGGAAAGAUUGAAAAGAAAUAUUUUAAAGGAGAUAGCCUGUUAUUGCCACAUAACGUUGUACUGUCUGGAAGAUAUGUAUGCAGAGCGAGAAAUCUUGUUGGUCAAACGGAAUUGGCUUCCCACAUCAAGUUUGUAGACCCAGUCCUACCAACGAUCGUAUCCUUCCGAAAGAAACUCACCGCAAUUCACGGGGAAAACCAGGUGAGACUCAGAGCAGGCGAUGACAUCACAACCAUAGCUGGGACCGAGGUCGUCAUAAGAUGUUUGGCAAGCGGUACUCCAGACCCAAAAAUCAUAUGGUAUCACAACGAUCGCCUGUGUCCAACGAAACAUCUCAAAUCGUACGACGAGGGUGUUGUAUCAUUUCACAGAGAGGCCAUUCAGGCCAGCGACGGAGGAAAUUACACAUGCAUUGCGCACAACGAAUUCGGAAGUAUCUCAAUGACGUCGUAUGUUAACGUUAUAGAUCCAGUUAUGCCUUACAUAAACAGCUCAUCGGAGGACGUGAUCUCCUAUGAUAUAUCAUUUCCAGCCGCUAAGCAAAUUGGCGGAAGUCUGAAGUCACUAGUCGGAGCCUCGUUUUGGCUCGAAUGUCACGUGGGAGGCAUCCCUCGUCCUGAGGUCACGUGGAAGAAGGACAACCUUCCUAUACAUUCCAGCAAAAGGAUUAAGAUUUCCCAGAAGAGAUUUGAAGUCCUGGGAACGAUGAUGUCCGACACCGGAUGGUAUUCGUGUAUUGCCGCGAACGGCGUGGGGACUGUGACGAAGUCUACGUUUGUGCAUCUCAUUGCUCCUGUGACGCCGCGCAUCAGACAGGCUGGGUUAAGACGCAGAUAUCUCGUAAAUAACUUGCCGACACCAUUGCACGUGGGUGUCGGUGUAAACCUGAGGAUUUUAGCCUACAGAGAACUCACCAUAUACUGUUCAGCAACGGGCUUUCCAGCCCCCGUCAUCUCGUGGGAAAAGAAUGGAUAUCCUAUUGAGGACGACAAAGAUGUACACGUCAGUCAGGGGGGUGGACAACUUACGUUUCCUAAGUUGGUUCCAUCCCAGAAUGGCGUGUACGCAUGUGUUGCAUCUAACGCCGCUGGUCAGGAUAGAAAAAGGACUUCGGUCGUAUCUCGAUUGCCCUUGAGACCAAAGAUUGAGCUGCGGAAAUCAGUUUUAUCAAAAUUCCAGCUUUCGCCACAGCGCGGUCAUGGCAUUCGUGUUUAUGAAAUCCCAGACGGUCAGAGCCUUUUGGUUGCAGGAUCAGAUGUAAUUUUAGAGUGUAUUGCGAAACGUAGCUUCCCCAAGGCGAAGUUUAAAUGGUUCAAAAAUGGGAGACCUUGGAAGAGGCACACUACAGAGUCUUUUAAUAGAUCAAAGUUGAAGUUACGUGAUAUUCAGAAAUCGGACGAAGGGGUUUAUAAAUGCUUUGCUAGCAAUAUGCUUGGUCAACAAGAAAAAUUGAUAAAUAUUGAACUGCAAGAUCGGAACAGGUACAACUGAUACACACCAAAUUAUUAAACGGAGAUUUGGAGGAAAAGGACGUAGGUAUAUUAGGAUGGAACAUCAACAAAUUGUAAUUUUAUUUCUUAGUUAGCUUGU